AAUGCAUGUGUACAAAAAAACAUUACAAGCUUUGAUAUAUCCCAUAUCCAGUACAACUCCUCAUAAUUUUCAACCGUGGACAGCAACAUCACCAACAUAUUGUUAUGAAUGUGAAGGUUUAUUAUGGGGAAUUGCAAGGCAAGGAGUGAGAUGUACUGAAUGUGGUGUGAAAUGCCACGAGAAGUGUAAAGAUCUCUUAAAUGCUGACUGUUUACAGAGAGCAGCAGAAAAAAGCUCUAAGCAUGGAGCAGAAGAUAAAGCCAACAAUAUUAUUAUGGCAAUGAAAGAAAGAAUGAAAAUUAGAGAGAGGGAUAAGCCAGAAAUUUUUGAAUUAAUCAGGCUGACAUUUGGUGUUGAUCCUGAUACACAUGUUGAUGCUCUGCAACAGGGUGAGAGUUCCAUCAUGGAAGGGACUUGCAAGUGGUCAGCAAAGAUUGCCAUCACAGAAAUAAAUAGCUUACUUAUUAGCUAUGAAAUUAAACUGAUAUUGAUUGAGAGAUGAUCAAAGAAAAUGAAAAGUAAAUGGUAGGUAAUUAAGACAUAUUAUCACCCUUGAAUCUCUUGAAAAAUAUUUAAAAUCCAAAAGUAAGAAUACAGUAGAAUCUGUUUAUAAGGUUUAUUAAAUAAUAAAAAUGUUAGCAAAUUUAUAUUAAUGUAUAUAAAUUGAAAUAGUACAUUAUUUAUUAAUUAGGUAGCAUGUAUCAAUAAAUAAUCUAGAAAUUUUCAAGAAAUAUUUAAAAUUCUUUCUUUAAUUUACUAAAAUAUCAUCCAUAUAAUAUAGAUAAAUUGGAAGGAAAAGACAGAAUAAUACCUAUGUAUGAAACCACAAAUCUCUUGUUAUUAUUUUUAUCAAAAAGAUAAUUUAUGCAAGUUUAAACCUAGGUCUAAAUGUUGGGGGGGAAAAGUAUACUUCUGAACGACAAAAUUUGAAUUUUGCAUAUGUACUAGUUGCAUGUUGUACAGGAGUUUACUGUAGUUGAAAUCAGUCAUUUUAGAUGUUUUAUAAAUAAGAAAAAUAUUUUGAAAGAAUAAAAUAUUUAAAGAUGAUGUUAUCAAAUAUGCAUUUGAUUUUUAACAUCUAUAAUAAUUGAAAAAUAAAUAUAGAAACCUAAAAUUUUAAAAUUUUUUCAAAACUUAGACAUUUGUUGAUUUUAUAUUUUAUAUUAAAAUGCUUGGAAUAUCCUCUAUGAACAUAGGUAUAAAGUUCAAUAGUAAUAAUUUAAAAUUAUGAGUUAAUUAAAUGUACUCAGAAUGUAACAUUUAACUCUACUACUGUGGCACUUGCUUACAGUCUUGAUGAGAAACAUAUAAAAUCAACCUUAUUUAAUGCACUUACAAUGUCAAGUGCAGUCAAAGCUACAAACUAUUUUGCAUAUAUUUAAAUGUAAUUUAAAAUGUAUAUACAUAAUUUUUUAUUAAAACUUGAUCAAUAGUUUUUUGAGAAAUUAUAGAUUCAACCCAAGUGAUUGGGCUGCAAUUUUCAAAUUGCAGACCUAUACAUUAUCACUGUCUGAGACACAGUCGAGACUAAAUAUGGAAAGGUUAGGGGCCAGAGGCUCUGAUUAACUGUAAAUUAACUUCUAGUUGAGAUUAGAAGUCAUGUGGCAUCAAUUCAAAAUUUUAUCCAGAAUGGAAUUAUAUGAAUGAUCAGCAUGACAUUUAUUUGUUAUCAGGAGAAGUAUGAUGUACAGGGGAAAGACCACUAAAAUUCAGACCAAAUAUGGAAAGCUUAAGGGCAGGACACCCUGAUUGAUUAACUAUAUAAGAACUUAAGG